ACUUCUCCUUUUAACUAGGCGCACUGCGCUUUUACGCACGACUCCACUGACUUUCUGUAGCAGUGCAGAGUGUCAUGAGGACCGUCAGUGUAUGAGCGACAAGCUGCCAUCUCUGCUCGAUGAUGAUCCUCCUGCCUGCUCUGUUAAUUCUUUGGGGAGAAGCGGCUCAGUGCCUGGAGGAGGAUGGAAGAUUUAACUUAAAGGGAGACCUCCGUCACUUCGCCGUGGCCAAUGGCACGGUUUACAUCGCUACUGAGGAGAUGCUGUACCAACUAAACCACGACCUGACUCUGGUCCGGAGUCUGAGCCAGAGAGGAUUCUUGGCACACAUUCCUGGCACAAAAGACCUAAAGUUAACCCGAUCUUCUGAUAAGAGGAACGUUACGUUCAGUGUCAACGUGUUAUUGCCGCAUGUUGCAGACGAAAAUGUGAUAGUUUGCGGUGUUAUUGAUAAGGGGUGCGGUUAUUGUGAACUGUUGGACUUCAAGAACAUUGCCAAUGUUCUGUACUGGGAAGAAACCGAGGUAGGUUCUUUGUGGCGCAGUAGUGCGUCCGUGAGCCUCCUGGUGAGUGUGGAGACUCGGACCCGGGCAGAGACUUACAUUCUCACCGCCGUGCAGCAAUACAAGAAAGAGCCGACAAAGACAGGCUGCCCAGCUUUGUCAGAUGCAGUGAACCUUUGUAACACGAAUAACAAUCAACCAGGACUAAUAUUUUCUAUUAAUAGCGAAGAGAUAGGAAGUCCUAAAAUCAUACGGGAAGACGAUGUGGAGUUUGUGGAUGGAUUUCAGAUUAAUUCCAUCAUCUAUCUUUUCUCCAAUCUGCCCUCAAAAGACAGAAACAACAAAGUGCGUCUCCUUUGGCUUGAAGGCAAAGGAGGUAAACUUCAGACUCUGAAGUCGCUCCGGGGCGCAACUCUCAGAGUCUCUGAUGGAGAGAAAGGACUCAGACUGAUCGCCUCCUCGGUGAUCCCGGGCGGUCCGCCGGUGCUCUGGUGCGGCGUGUUCAGUGUGGACGGAGGACAAACCAACACCGAAUUGGUGCUGUUCGACAUCAGCCCUGAUCUCACCAGAGAGCAAGAUAUGGACCCGGACUUCUGCUCUGACUGUGGUGAUCAGAAAGAGGAUGAGACACUGAAGCCGAAGAAGGUGAUCUUCAAGCAGAACUACAUGACUUCUGUGCUGGCGGUGACACAGAAAAACUGGAUGGUUUUCUUCAUCGGGACGGGAGAUGGGCAGCUCAUUAAGCUUGCUGUGGACAAGAAGUACCAGACCACGUGUUCCAGAGUGCUCUACAAAACCAGUGACGACCGCAAAGUGUUUCAGACAUUACAUCUAGAUCAGGUGGAUCUUAAACAUGUGUACGUGCCAUUUCAAAACCAGAUAAAUCGUGUUCCAGUGUCAAAGUGCAGCACUUACAAAACAUUGCAGGACUGUUGGUCUGCGCAGGAUCCGUACUGUGUUUGGUGCGGAUCUGACAAAAGCUGUACGUUUGAAGAUGACUGCAAAGACUCAGACUGGCUGUCCAUUCCUGAUGAUUCUCAACAGAAGAUGGUUUCAUACAAAGUUGCACAGGAAAACACUGGACAGAUCACACUUACCAUCCAGAUGCAUCUGUCGGUGGGCAAGAGUGCACUUUCUAACUUCAUCUGUCAAUUAGAACAUUUUAAAAUGAAAAACCAUGAACUACAAUUCCCACAGUGCACCUUCAUACUUGAAAAUACUACAUUUCCUGCUCAAGGACUGCCUAUUAAACUUAAGGUUGGACUUGGGACGUCAGAACUGUUAGAACGGCUGAACCUUCUCAACUGCACCAAAAUUAGUGGACCACCAACAUCUGUCUUGUGUCGGCAGUGCAUUGAUGCUGGGUGUAGCUGGACCACAAACGGAUGUUCCUGGGCCAAUAAAGGAGUAGGAAAUGACGGUGUUUGCCAGAUGAUGGAGUCAUGGAUGAACUUCUCAAGACCACAGAUCUCCUCCAUCACUCCCAGUGUUGUGUCCUUCUACGGCAGAAACAAUGCAGUGUUGAAGGGUUUUAACCUCAGUUCUGUGAUCAGAGUGAGGUUCCAGGCAGACUGCACACCACAAGAGUUUCCUGUUUGGGACAACACUGGUGAAAAUCUGACCUUUCACAUUCCCAGUGCAGAAAAUAAAGGAGUAGUCAAAGUAUGCCUUCUCCUCCCAGAUGGCAGUUGCCAUGGCAGCGCCAAAAUCACCUACCGAUCGGCACCAUCCUGCACGAGUAUUUCACCCAAAAGCACUUGGAUAAGGUAUGACUGUUUUAAAACAGUGUUUCCUAACCUUUGUUGCUUGGAGCCUGGCCACUUGUAUCUUAGCCUCACCUCUGAGAUCUUUGGCGCCCCUUCUAGGGGGGCCCGGACACCCAGUUGGGAAUCAAUGUUUUAGGACUACAAAAAUGAUA